AUGCCUCAUCGGGUCUUUGCCUUCAUAUUCUUUGGGUGUGUGGUCGCGCAAAGAUUUCAGGACCUUUCAUGGAAAGCCGACAUUGUGGCGACGGAAUAUGAGAAAGAGCUGGAAAAGCACGAUGCUCUCUCACGUUAUUUUGGCGAGCAGAAAAACGACCACACAAUAUUUCCAACAUGGGAGACGAUGAAGGAAAAAGUUGGCGACUUCAUUAAUGUGAAUGCAAGCAAGAUUAAGAAUCAUGAUUACAAUCAAAUGACGGCUUGGCUGAAAGCAACUCGCCUCAAUUUUCCAAACAUAACCCAUUUGUAUUCUGUUGGGAAAAGCGUAGAAGGCAGAGAAUUAUGGGUACUCAUCGUUUCCGACAAUCCAAAAGAGCAUGAACUUCUUGAGCCGGAAAUCAAAAUAGUCGCCAAUAUGCACGGAAAUGAGGUUGUUGGCCGAGAAGCUUUGCUUUAUCUUAUUGAUGUGUUUUGUCAGAAUUAUGGAAAAAACAAAUAUCUAACGGAUCUUGUUAAUAGUGCCAGAUUCCAUUUUAUGCCGUCGAUGAAUCCAGACGGAUAUGAAAAAGGAAGUAUUGGUGAUCGAAUUGGAUAUAUGGGUCGCGCCAAUGCCAAUGAUGUUGAUUUGAAUCGAAAUUUUCCGGCCAUGUUUCCAAAGCAUCGCGAACAAUCAGGAGGAGGCGAACCGGAAAAAGAGAAUGUCGCCGUUAUGAAAUGGCUCAAAUCAUAUCCAUUCGUUUUAAGCGCAAAUUUGCAUGGAGGUUCAUUGGUUGCUAAUUACCCCUAUGAUGAUUCGGUUACUGGUGCGGAUGGAAUUUAUACUCCGAGUGCCGAUGACAAGUUGUUUGUCGAACUCUCUUAUCGCUAUGCUCGUGCUCACACAAAAAUGUGGAAGACUGGAAGAAGAUGCGGUUUGUCGGCCGAAGGCGAUAAUUUCGUGAAUGGAAUCACAAAUGGAGCCGGAUGGUAUCAUUUGGCUGGAGGAAUGCAAGAUUGGCAAUAUGAGCAUACAAACAGCUUGGAAAUCACAAUUGAGAUGGGCUGCUUCAAAUUCCCAACCGAUGAUAUGCUGCCAAAACUAUGGGAAGAACAUCAAUUCUCGAUGCUUUCAUUCCUUGAAAUGGGUCUCACCGGGGUUCACGGGCUUGUCAAAGAUCGCAAUAACCAAACUGUAGCGAAUGCGACAAUUUCCGUGGAUAUAGGCAAAGACAUAAUUUCAACGGAACUUGGAGAAUAUUGGCGGCUGCUGCCACCAGGAGAUCAUAUGAUUACUGUCUCUGCGAAGGGUCUGGAAUCAGACACGUUUACGGUAACAGUUCAACCUGGAGCCAGGUCUGUUAGACAUGAUAUUCAAUUGCUGACCUGUGGCGACAAUGAGACGAGAUCGGAACUUUAUAUUCGUGGUCGUGGCAAGACACAAAUCGCAGUUAUUUCCUUUGAUAAUCUUGGAAAGGAAGUUAUAAAUGAGCUUUCUAUACUCACAUGCUCAGGAGAUUUUGAAAUCGACAAAGAUCUCACACUCAUGCUAAUUCCAUUCAUGAAAAGCGAUCUGAAGACGAGAUUGUCGGAUUUCAAUCCCGAAGCAAUUCUCGUCGUUGCUGAAGGCUUCGUCGAAACAGUCACAUUCAGUGUUUCCGACAAUGAGCCGAGUUUGUUUGACAAGGAGAAAAUGGAUGCGAGCUUGUUGAAAGCGAUCAAUGCUUCUGCGGAAUGUCCAAGAAAACUUUUGGAAUCUCAAUUGGCUCUUCGUGUCGACGAUCUUCAGCGAAAGAAGGCUUUCGAGCUCGGAAUCGGAGUGGGAUGCGAUAUUGACGAUUUGAGUAAAAAAGCGGCGACGAUUGGAACGAUUGCAAACAUGAUCAAGAAUGAAUUGACAAAGGAUAGUGUGUCAGAAUUCUCGGUUCUUCCAUCGGGAUCACCCGGAGAGCAUUACACUCCUGAUCAAACGGUUCUUGUCACCAGUGCGACAAUUGCCGAGCUUGAAAAUCAUAACUGCAUCAAGGAAGUCGACACGAAUGGUCUCAGAAUUUAUGAAAUGGGAUCGGGAAAAGCGCCAUAUACGUUCAUUAUGUCUAGCGAAAAAAGAACGGAAGCUAUGAUCUAUGAAAUGAUGUCGAUGUGGUGCGAUUCGAGCAAGGAACACGUGCAAACGAUUCUCGCCGAAUCGACGAUUGUGUUCCUUCCCGAAAUUCCGAAAGCCCCUCUAUUCUGCCAUGACUAUGAUACAAUCAGCCCAUACAAGGAUCUAAUUGACAUGGUGCUCGAAGUCAUCCCGCAGAUCGAUUUUGCGAUUCUCGUCGGCACUGGCGGAAUGAAAGUCCGAUACAUCAAUGACACACUUGGAGUGGCACAAACGAUUGCUGAAGCAUAUAGGUCUCGACACGAUUUGAUGAAGUCGGCGACGACGAAUGCCUGUCCAAGAAGUAUGCCGAAUGAAGAAGCUGCGAUCAAGGCAUUCUCGUGGAAUGAUGCCGCUUCGAGAAUGGCAACAAAGACAAGCUAUUUGAGCGAUAAUAUUGACGCAUUGCUUGUUCAAAUCGGUUGCUGCUACGAGAAUAUGGCCAGCGGACAUUUGUACAGCGAAAAUAAGCAUUCUAUUAAAAACGCACUGAACGAGAGAAUUCGAGGUGUUCGAAUAGUUGGCGGCCGCCUUGGAAUGUCGGUUUCAAUUGAUCAUCAGCACAAACGAUUAUCGUUGAUCAAUGGCGAACGAUUCAUUCCUCUUACGAAUGGGGUUCAUCAAGUUUCGAUUCGUACCCCAGAUGGACAAGUUUUCACGAAAUUCGAUGUUGAGAUUUCUGAUUUAUAUCCUACUGUUGAAAAAAGAAUUUCCGGCUCGUCUUCAAACAUUUUGGUCGUUGCUAUGUGCUCGCUUUUGUUAAUUCUAGCCUUUAUAUUCAUGUGUCGUCAACGAGUUACCACAGUUCUUAAUCGACGGGGAUUUUUCAAUGGAAUUGGAUCGAAAAAGGGAUUCGAACGCAUUCCACUUUACAAAUCAGAUGAUGAAGACGAAGACGAUGUUUUUGAUUUGCAAAAACUCUAA